UACGGGUGGGAAAACAAAUGCUCUUCGUCCUUCUUCUUCUUCUUGUUCUUCAGCACAGCCUAAGUGGUUCUCCAUGCGGCGGAGGUAAUGCGGGGAAGCCCCAGCUCUGCGUGGCGGUUUUACGAGGCGGAUGGUUACAUGAUCGCCGCUCACAGCCGCUCAUAAAUGACAUCUUUAUAGUAUCUUCCUCUGGCACGGACAGAGACCAGCGAGUAAACAACCAUGAGUGCUGUUUCCAGACCGCGACACCACGGGGCAGCAGCAGCAGCAGCGCUGCCCGUCCCUCCUCCCGACUCCAGCAGCGCGCCUUUCCCCGCUCCAGCGAGCCUCCUGAAGCACAUCAGGUACGAGAACCUGGCCGCUGGGCUGAGCGGGGGCGUCAUAGCCACCAUGGUGCUUCACCCUCUCGAUCUGGUCAAGAUCCGCUUUGCAGUCAGUGAUGGGCUGAAGGUCAGGCCGCAGUAUGAAGGCAUGCUGCACUGUAUGAAGAGUAUCUGGCAGGUGGAGGGGAUCAGGGGUCUCUACCAGGGAGUGACCCCCAACAUCUGGGGUGCCGGAGCCUCCUGGGGGCUUUACUUCCUGUUUUAUAAUGCGAUUAAAGCGUACACGCAGGAGGGACGUCAAGCUGAGCUGAGUGCCCUGGAGCACCUGGUGUCUGCGGCAGAAGCAGGCAUUCUGACGCUUUGCCUGACCAACCCGGUCUGGGUGACAAAGACCCGGCUGGUGCUGCAGUACAAUGCAGAGCCGGACGGGAAGCAGUACAAGGGAAUGCUGGACGCCCUCGUGAAAAUAUACCGUCACGAGGGUAUCCCGGGAUUAUACAGGGGCUUUUUGCCAGGACUUGUGGGAACCACUCAAGCUGCACUGCAGUUCAUGACUUACGAAGGUCUGAAGAGGGAACAGAACAGAUAUAAGGAGAUGCCUUCAGAAGCCCUGCUGUCUCCUCUGGAAUAUAUUGUCAUGGCAGCCGUCUCCAAAAUAGUUGCCGUGGCAGCAACCUACCCGUACCAGGUGGUGCGAGCACGACUUCAGGACCAGCACAACAAUUACAGCGGCAUAGCGGACGUCAUCAGGAGAACGUGGAGGAACGAGGGAGUUGAGGGCUUUUAUAAAGGCAUGGUGCCCAACCUGGUGCGAGUCAUUCCAGCCUGCUGCAUCACUUUCCUCGUCUAUGAGAACGUCUCGCGCCUUCUUCUGGGACAGUACCACUGAACCUCACACGCAGCAGCUCAGCCAAAAACAGCCCAACACAGCGUCGCAGGACAUGUGCGUGUGUUAGGGAGAGUCAGGACGGUGCAGCGGUCACAGAACCCAACAACUCCAAUGUGUUUAGCAUGUGCGCACAAAAUAAGGUGCAUGCACUGGAGGAGAGGGCUGGGUAGCUUUUAUCUUCUAUCGCGCUUAACUUUACUCUCACCUAAAGGGACAUUCAGGUCAACAGUCGGGUCGGAGAAGUGUGUCCGUGUUGUCUUGCACAUUUGUGGAUAUUAGACUAGCGCAGAGAAUACAGUGUGUAAACAUAAACAUGUGCUGAGAGGAAUUAAAUGAUCAGGUUGGGUAAAAAAUAGAAUUAUAGCCAUUAUAUCAUGAAGCGACACUCAGUUUGCUUGAUUCAAAUGUGCGCAUCGUUUUCAUGUGAAUACAGUAUAUUACAUAAACACGGUUCAGUCGUCGUUCAGUUUACUUUAUUUUUAAUAUGAAAUGUUUUAUUUGUGUGCAAAUGAAACUCAUCUGAAUCAAGUAAAUUCAGUGCAGGACGUUUCUCAGUACUAUUGGGACAGGUUUAGUUUUACAUGGGGUGAUGUAAUUAUUAAUGAUUCUGAUUUUAAUCCCGUCCCGAUCCGCCAAAAUAUUCUGUACCACAUGCUCCUGCAUCAGUAAAGUAAUCCUGAGCUAUAAAACGACGCCAUAGAAAUAAUCUCUGAUAUAUUAAUCCCAUUGCUAUAAAAUACAUGGUAAAAAUAUUCAUCUCAGGUCAUAAUAAUGUUCUUAGGUUAUAUUAAACUCAUGCCUUAAAAAGCACCACAGAAAUACAACCAGAUUAUGUUAAUCCAGUCUAUAAAAUGAACCACCGAAAAAAUCCCAGGUCAUGUUAAUCCACCACCUUUAAACUAACCAUAGAAAUAAAACUGUAAAGCUAGCUAUAGAAAUAAACCCUGGUCAUGUUAAUCACGCACAAACCAUAGAAAUAAACCCCUGUUAUGGUAAUCCUGCGCUAUAAAACAUACUGCAGAAAUAAUCUCAGGUUAUGUUAAUCCUGUGCUAUAAAAUGAGCUGCAGAAAUAAUCCCAGGUUAUGUUAAUCCCACAAUAUAAAACAAACCAUAGAAAAAACCCCAGUCAUGGUAAUCCUGUGCUAUAAAACGAGCUGCAGAAAUAAUCCCAGGUUAUGUUAAUCCCACACUAUAAAACAACCAAUAGACAUAAACCCUGGUUAUGUUAAUCCCGUGCUAUAAAAUGAGCCAUAUAAAUAAUCCCAUGUUAAUCCCGCUCCGUAAAACUAACUAUAGAAAUAAACCCUGGUUAUAUUAAUCCCGCACUAUAACACAAACCAUAGAAAUAAUCCCCGGUAUGGUAAUCCCAUGCUAUAAAAUGAGCCACAGAAAUAAUCCCAGGUUAUAUUAAUCCUGUUCUGCAAACCAUAGAAAGACUAAUAAUUAAUCCUGCUCUAUAAAACAAGCUGCAGAAACAAUGCCAGGUUACAUUAAUCCCAUACUAUAACACGAACUGUAGAAAUAGUCCCAGGUUAUAUCCGUUGUGUAUAAGCUGUAAAAAUAACUCCAGGUUGUAUUAAUCCCUGGCAAAUAUUGUAUCACAUCCUAUGGAAAGUUUGCGUUUUUUCCUAAGAAUGGAGGCAGUCGGAGUAGAAUUUACUUGUGCUCUGCGGCCAAAAUCAAACCGAUAUGUUCUGCUCUACCUCAAGUAUGCCAGUCCAAGUUUUAGAAUGAGUGAAAUAAUAGCAGUUUUUAUGCUCCGAUGACUGUUGGCUGAAAAUCCACCAGCCAGUGACACACCGUUUCACUCAAAACAGCCAGACAGAUGGUUAUGAUUCGAUUAAAUGUUCGGACAUGUUUUCUGCUCGUAAGAGCUGAACGUAUCGGUGUGAAGGCAGUCGAGUAGCUGCUCUGAUCUCUGAAAUUUCAUCCUGUGUGAAUUGUUCACAAACAUGACUAACAUCCUGUGGUGAAGUUACAUCACCCCACCUCCUCACAGAAAACGACUACCGUCCCAAUAGUGCUUCUGUCACCACAUGAUUAUAUGAGCACCCUAUUCCUGUAUAUGAGCGGUGUCUGUAUUUAUGUAUUCCUGUCUUGCCUCACAUGAUGAUAUGUAUUCUGAAGUAAGUCAGGCGUGAGCCGCAGGAGAAGAUCACGGACUGUCUGUGCUGUAUUUGUGAACUAGGGCCGAAUUGUUGACCCCUUGAAGAUGACUGUGAGUGAGUUUCCACUCCAAAGCUGGACCAUGGUUUGGCUUACUGAGCACGCUCAGUGGAUUGGCACAAAGCUGGAAUGGAAACGACAGCGAGGAAUGGAUGGAGACCCUGCAGGGGAAGGAAGAGACUUUAUACAAACCAAAUGUAUCCGGAUUACGCACAAGAAAACAAAGAGGGAGUUUUGGCCCUUAGAAAGUCUACAGUUAUUAUUUAGACUUGGUAUUAUUGUCAUUUGGAGACGUUAUAUAAAUGUUGUGUGAUUACAUUAAUAAAUACAUAAUUACUUAUUCAAUUAAAUUUCCAUUAAAUUUACAUUCUGCUUUGA